AUGGCCGAAGUGGCGACGUAUGUGGAGUUGUGCACGCGUCUGUCGCGUUUUGUGCAGGCUCAUCCACGUGAUACGCUCGGCAAAGAGUUGCAAGAGAUACUGAAUGACCUGUUAGCGUUGUUUUAUCGCAUCGAUUUGUCUGCAUUAUCAAAUGAUCUUGAAAUUGACGCACCACUUGUGGGUCUUGCAGCUAUGGACGAUUUGGUCUUGUUGUCGCUGCACAAACUGCUAGGAUCUUUCAUACUGCAUUCAUAUUCUUUUCUUCUUCAAGAGCAUUCUUUCAAGGUAUUUUCUCGCGUGUUGCGCCGCUGCAAGUCUCGGAUGAUAGGGAAUAGUCCCGGACAAGUGCAGCGGCGUCUGAACUUUGUGCAGAGCUGUGUGUUGUAUCUACCACCACCGCCUGAAGCUACUGAUACAAAAGAAGAGAUGCCUGAUACUGUGACUCUUUCUACUCAGCCGGAGGAACUGAGACUCGCUAUUCUGCAGAGUCUACGAGAGUUAUUGGAGGAACAGAAUCAGGAACCAAAGAAGCAGGUGAUACAGCUUCAAGUGGACCAGCAACACUUUUUCGCGUACUUAGUGGCGUCGUUGCUCCAUGUGGCACAACGAGAUCGUUGUCGAGAGGCUGCGCUGCAAGCAAUUGAAGUGCUAAAGUGUGUGUUACUCUUCAUUCGGGACCCCCUCACACUUCGGCAAUACUUGCCUGGUGUCGCUGCUGGAUUUUGGAAAAGUGCAAAUGCACCGCAACAAGCGUCCAAAGUGAUUGUUGCAGCAUUACAGGGUCUUGCAAUAGCGUUGGAUCUGUGUAUCGGCGACGAUCAUUUGCCAGGAAGUGGUGAUGGCAGAAUGAAACAAAAGCAGCAAAGAUUUACUCUUGAAGCGAUUCGACAGUCUGUUGAAAUCAAUGCUACUGAAAGAGACGAUAUAGACUCGGUCGAUGUAGCGUCAAAUGACGAUGACAAAUGGCUGGAGACAACAGCGAUAAAUCUCGAUCUCCUGCUUUCACGGAUGUUCGCUGCUAGUGCCACGGCUGUUGCUGAUGGUACUAGUACAGGUUUACCACGCUCUUCCUGGAGAGUCCGUUGUGCACUUGCAAAGCUUUGUGGUACAGUGAUGCUCCAGUGCCGACGAGCGCUCCGCAUAUCCUUUUUUCGGUGUUACGACGAGCUUUUGGUCCUCCGUGGUGAUGCUAUCACAGAGGUUGCCAAGGAAGCAGACAAGGUGCUCCAAAAACUACAAAUCUCGGCUCUUUCUUCGGAAGAACGUUUACAGGUGCUACCUGAGAUGGCAGAUCGUUUUCAAAUGCUGCUUUCUACACUGGUGCUCAAGGUUGCUACGGAGCAUGAAGCUACCAAGGUACAUCUCGUGCGCACUCUUCGCGGAUAUGUGGAAUUUCUCGGAUCUAGUCUCACCCCAUACCUUGACGCGUCUAUUGAGAGUAUUUAUACCUCCCUUUGUCGUGUAGUGUCCUUUGCUGCCCUUGACAUUGAGUUGGUCGUCCAUCAAUCGCUGUCAAAUCCAGCCAAGUCCAAUGAGAACAGCGAUAACGCCCCGACAAGCAUCGUGGUCUCUCAAUUUCAAAAACGAUUGCGUUUCUUCAAUGAGGAAGCCUCAGUCCGCGAAAUAUUGGCGAUGCUGCGUGAGAUCGGGGCCGUCUCAACGCCUGCGGGCUUCAUCGACUGCGCCUUCACGCUAUUAUCUGAGACGAAUACGAAGGCCACAGAAACCGGUGGUGCUGAAGUUGUGCUGGUUUUAAACGAGCUGCUACGGGCUUACUGCCCGAACAACAAAUGCAGCAUCCACGCGGUAGAUGUCCAUCUUGUCGGCCGUAUCCUAGAAGAUUUACUGGUGCUGGAGGCAUGGGAUAAGCACCAUUCGCCAACGGACCGUGGUUUAAGCAAAGCGUUUGCGUCCCAAUGUGCGCUUAUGGUGGAGUGCAUUGGUGUAUGUGCCGAAAUUCUUGGCGCAAAGUUUAAGCCGUUUCUGCUCUAUGUUCUUUACCCGUUAGUCGAACAACUGGGGUCGCACAGCGUGGAAGUAGAGCGUGCGGCGUUGGCUGCGUUGGAGAAAAUAUACCUUUUCACAGGCUACAAGUCUCUUGAGGCUCUUUUCCAGGCCAACAUGGAUUACUUUGUGGACGCCCUGUGUGCUCGGCUUGAACAAUUGGAUGCGUACCCAAUGACUGCAUUUGUCGUUGAGGCUUUGUUAAGGCACACUCGAUUGGCGUCCUUGCCGCUGGUCGAUGAGGUAGCAUCGUCGUUGCUUCGUAGUGUUGAUCUGUAUCAAGACUCACCUCACGUCGACGGUUUACUACGCGCGCUUAAAAAUCUGCUUGGUAGUAUUGCACGCGACGCCCAAGAAGCUGAAGGGGAAAAGGUACAAACGCUUGGCGAUGACGAGCUGGAAAAAUCGUCAAACUCCCGCUCGCUCCUGAGCGAUUUCAUUCAUGAGAUGAAGGUGUUGGAGAAUGAUGGUAUAGAUGCCCUUGAAAUUGAAACAGAGGGCGGCGACGAAGAGAAUAACUCUGUUCCUGAAAGCUCUGGUCUCGCAAGCGUGAAAGGUGCUAUGCCUCUGGAGUACGAUGAAGUCCAAUCUGACAGCCACGACGGUGAUCAAGGCAACGAGAAAGAGAAUACAGCAGCAUCAGCCUACCGCGCUCUAGUCAUUGAUAUCAUGGAUCGAUGUGGUUAUUUUCUCGUAAAUUCGGAUCCCAUCGCGUGCUGUCUGGUUUUAUCUCUCAUCGAUGAAGGUGUGCGAUUCCUUUCCAAACAUCGGAGGCAGCUAUUACCCCUUGUCGCACGCAUGUGGCCCGAAAUGCUGCCUCGGUUACGUGUGAAAAACCGUGCUAUCAUCACCAGUACAGUCCGUGUCAUGACUACCUUAGCCGAAGCAGCAGGUGAUUUUGUGGGAGACCGCUUUGUUGAGACGGUAUGGCCAAUUUUUCGAUCUCAACUCCAAACCAUUCAUUUCGACUCGGACGCCAAGUCCCCGCAACUCACACGAUCCAUGCUUUUGCUCUCAAAAUCUUCAAUUGAGGCUCCACAAGUCGUGAAUGCUCAAUCACCUGGAUUAGGCACUGAAAUGGAGAAGCCAACAGAUAACGAACUGAGUGCUGUUAGUAUAUCACGGAAAACGCAAGAGAUUCACCAACUGCUAGCGAUUCUGUCGUGUCUGACCAUGGUUUGCCAACAGUCGGAGACGAUGACCAGACUUGUGCCUGAAAUUGCCCGCACGUGCUGCAGGUAUCUAAGUCGUUCAGCGCCACGGGAAGUUGUGGAACAAACUUUAGAACUAUUUGCAGCGCUGGUGCAACUAAACGGUGACGAAGUGUUCUGCACUGUAGCAGCACUUGCUGACUGGAUUCCGCCUACGCCGCCGAGCUCACGUUUUUCAGCGUAUGAACCAGACGCAGCUCAGCACUUUUAUCAAAGCCAUUUAUCAGGACUAAGUGGACAAGCUCAGACUUGUCAAGAAAACGCUCGCGUCUUGAUGAAACGCUUAUUCAGAUGA